CCCCACCUGAUUGAAAGUGAUUUUUAAAUUUUUUUUUUAUUUUUUUAUUUUUUUCAAAAUAAUAAUUUAAGUACUGCUUAUUCUACAAAUAAAUAUGUUUUGAAUCAUCAAGAACCAGUCAUACAUAUAAUAUAAACCAUUAGUUAGGGGAUAAUUUGUGUCCAUGGUCAUUUCUCCUCCCUCCUGGGGCGCUGGGAAAGUCGCCCCAGCACUGCAGCAGCUCAGCCAAUGGUAGGCUGUUGCUGAGGCAAAAAAAAACAUAGCAACGGGUAAAUUAGCCAAUGAGCGUCAUCAAAUUUGAUAAGCUUGGGGCGCUAAAAAUAUCGCCCCAAGCUUUAAGUAUCCUAGCAACCAGAAAUAAGUGUAGGAAAUCGAGAUGGCGGCGUCAAGUAGACAAGAACAAGAACACACAGGGCUUCAGCUACCCAUAAAUUCUGUAAAAUCUCUCUUGCUAAACCCCUUUGAAAGGAGAACUUUAGGGGAAAAACUGUGCGUUAAAGAACUUGGACCUGAGAAGCCCGGCCUGAAUUUAACACAGCAGACACAGGAGAAAGGUAAAACGUACCAGAGGAGCUUCUCUCUUAACUGGUACGACAGGAAGGCUUGGCUAACUGGAUGUGGUUUUGCAAAUGCAGUAUUCUGCUUCCCGUGUUUACUUUUUAAAAUGCCGGGGACAGAUACUACGUGGACUGUAACAGGAGUUAGAGACCUAAAACAUUUAUCCGAGCGCAUCAAAAAACAUGAAUGCUCGAAGGUGUACAUGAACAACGCUGUCAAGCUAGCUAUGCUAGGAAGGAUUAGCAUAGCUGCACAGCUGGAUGAAGGACACAGGAUUGCGGUGAGGAAACACAACGAAGAGGUGGAUAAGAACAGACACAUUUUAUCGAAGAUCAUUGAUUGUGUGAAAUUCUGUGGAGCUUUUGAGCUGGCAUUGCGGGGCCACAAUGAGACGGCAUCCUCCAACAACCCUGGCAUUUUUCGGGGAUUAGUCGAUCUUGUGGCGUCACUGGACGGUGUGUUAGAGGAGCACCUGAAGACCGCCACUGUCUUUAAAGGCACCUCAAAGACAGUUCAAAACGAACUUUUGGACUGCAUGCUGUCGGUUCUUCGAGACUGCAUUCUGGAGGAUGUAAAAAGGGCAGAUUAUCUGGCUAUUCAGGCAGAUGAAACAACAGACACUGCCACUCACUGUCAGCUGGUGCUUGUGCUACGUUACAUUGACAGCCUGAAUAAAGUCCGAGAGCGUUUUUAUGAGUUCAUCCAGCUUCCAAACUCGACCGCUGACACAGUCGCCACCGCGGUGUUGGAAAGGCUGAACACUUUUCUUCCUGAAGGACAACGGGGGAAAUGAAUCGCCCAAGUCUAUGAUGGAGCUGCUGUGAUGAGAGGAGCCACAGGUGGAGUGCAGCGCAAAGUUAAAGACGUGUACGGGAGUGCCCACUACGUACACUGUUAUGCUCAUCAGCUCAACCUAAUAAUGCAGCAGGCAACAUCCCACAUCACCAAGGUCAGUGCUUUUUUUUCAGAUCUGGGUGGUUUUGCUGCGUUUUUCUCCAGGUCAUCCAAGCGAACCGCUGUGCUUGAUAAAGUGGUGGCACACAGACUUCCUGGAGCUUCAUCAACAAGGUGGAACUUUCACAGUCGUGCUGUUAACACCAUUUUUGAGCACAAGGACGACCUCCUGAAGUGUUUUCGGACCAUCAGAGAGAAUGGUGAAUUUGAUGCAACAACUGUGAGAGAGUUCGGGGGUUUUGAGAGGAUGCUGGAAGAUGAAGAUUUUAGUUUUUUUCUUGCAUUUUUUCAUAAGAUCAUGGCACAUGUAGACAUGCUGUUUAACCAGCUGCAAAAGAGGAACAUCGACUCUGUCUACAUCACAGGAGUCAUUCAGAGGUUCACCAACAGCAUACAAGCUAUCAGGGACUCCGUUCCUCUAUCUGUGCAGCAGCCAUCCACAAAGAAACGGAGGGCCCUAGGCCAAGAGGAGCAGCACCGGUUAGCUACAGAGGUAUGUGAUACCAUUCUGAAUCAUGCCAAGGAGAGGUUCUCUUUCACCAAGCACCUCAUCAGUGCCACUCUGCUGCAAGGAGACUUGUUCCCCCAACACAGCGUAAAGUUCCCAGAUUCAGCGCUGGAAACCACUGUGGAAGCCUACCCCACACUGGACAAGGCCAAACUGAAGACAGAAUUGUCCCUGGUCUAUGAAAAUGAAGAGUUCAUGGCUUGCAGUGGCGCACUGGCUCUCUUCCAGGUUUUCAUGGAAAACAACCUUCAGGACACAUUCAGCGAGACUGUAAGUCUUUUAAAGAUUCUCAUCACCACACCGAUGACCACAGCAGAAUCAGAGAGGUGCUUCUCUACUUUAAAGAGGAUAAAAACAUUCCUUAGGAACACCAUGGCACAAGACCGCCUGAACGCACUGGCUAUGCUCUCCAUGGAGAAAAACCUGAUACAGAACAUUCCUGACUUUAACACCAAAGUCAUUGAGAAGUUUGCCACUCAGAAAGACAGAAGAGCAAAGUUCAUGUACAAAUAAGAGCACUCACUCCCUCUCACACAUACUCUCAAACUCACUCACACACACUCUCAAAUUCACUCACUCACACACUUUCAAACUCACACACUCACUCACAAACUCACUCACACUCUCAAACUCCCUCACUCACACACAAACACAUACACUCACACUCUCAAACUCACUCACUCACAAACAAACUCACACAUAAACUCACUCACUCAUACAACUCAAUAUUUACACACAGUCUCCAGGUUUCAAGGGAGUGAGACAUAAAUGCUGAUUAGACUCCAAUUGGUACAUUUUAUGUUCCUAUACCAGUUUUUCUGUAUAUAGUUAACUUUAAUCAUCCACCUGUAAAUAUUACAAUAAUAUACAAUGAUAUUGUAAUUUGUACUAAGAGUAUUCACUAAUAUAUGUAAUCCAAUUGGUACAUUUUAUGUUCCUAUGAGACAGUUUUUCUUUGUAUAUAGUUAUUUUUAAUCAUCAACCACUUGUAAAUGUCUCUCAAGAACUUGAAUUUUGUAUUAAGAGUAUUCACUAAUAUACAUCUCAUAUCAUUGUCAUUAUCUGUCAAACUGUUGUUUUUAAAGGACAAUUAAAUAAUUAUUGUUUAUCCCUAAAACAAUGGUAUCUUUUGGUUUGGGUUCUUUUAUUGGGAUAGUUACCGAAAGCUUCUGGCACCUAC